AUGGCGGGAUGGAUGGGGAGGGAAGAUGAAGCUGUAGAGGGAGGUCUGGAGCCUGCAGCGCGUCUGACCGCUUGCCAAAUUAGGGCGGCGUGGCUGGUCUUAACCGGAUUGGGAAAUGCUAUAGUUACAGGCUAUAGAGAGCGGAUUGACGAGUCAAUUUGGGCUCGCGUCGGUCUUGCAUUACUGUGGACGAUUGAUAUCCCCUUGGUGAGGCUUGACUCGCUCCUAACACCACAACUCCAGUAUCCUUCCAACCCAAGUAACUCCAAAACACUUCAACAAAUUGCAAUACAACUCCACAGUGCUGGCAGCAAGCGCGAUUCAGCACAGUUUCAAGCCAGCAGGUCGUAG